AAUCGGUUGCAAGGUCAGAGGUCACCACUAUAUGAGCUCUUCCCUGGAGAGAAACUCUAGUUGGGACAACAGCUGAGAUAUUUGAAUUACUAAUAACUUUAUUUUUCUUGCACCGAUGGCACCGAUUCUACUCAACUGCAUGGGGAAUGACCACAGUGAAUACAUCAAACAACAAGUCCAGGUGAAAAAUCCCUACUUGGACACCAUGGAGGAGGACAUCCUCUACCACUUUAGCAUGAGCACUAAGUCUCACAACCUGCCUGAGAUGUUUGGUGACAUAAAGUUCGUGUGUGUCGGCGGCAGCGCCAAUCGCAUGAAGGCUUUUGCCCAAUUCAUCCACGAGGAGCUGAAACUACCUGGCAACCCAGCCGAAAUCAGAGAUUUAUGUGAGGGAACUGAUCGCUACUGCAUGUAUAAAGUGGGACCAGUGCUUUCUAUAAACCAUGGCAUGGGUGUCCCAUCAAUCUCUAUCAUGCUGCAUGAGCUCAUCAAACUGCUGCACCAUGCCCACUGCAAGGAUGUGAUCCUCUUUCGCCUGGGAACAUCUGGUGGUGUUGGUUUGGCCCCAGGCACGGUGGUGGUUACAGACAAAGCAGUGGACUACUCCUUCAGGCCCCAGUUUGAGCAGGUGGUUCUGGGUAAAGUGAUCACCCGGAGCACUGAACUAGAUGAGGGGGUGGUUAGCGAGCUUCUGCAGUGCUCCUCUGAGCUCCAAAACCUUCCGACUGUGAUCGGAAACACCUUGUGCACACAUGAUUUCUAUGAAGGUCAAGGUCGACUUGAUGGGGCUCUGUGCUCCUUCUCCCAUGAGGAGAAGCUGGAGUAUCUGAGGAAAGCCUAUGAAGCUGGAGUGAGGAAUAUUGAAAUGGAGUCAACCGUUUUCGCCGCCAUGUGCCGUGUCUGCGGUCUCAAAGCGGCUGUCAUCUGUGUCACGUUGCUGAACCGCUUCGAGGGAGACCAGAUCACGUCCCCUCAUGAUGUUCUGGUGGAUUACCAGCAGAGACCGCAAGCCCUGGUGGCCCACUUUAUCAAGAAACGGCUUGGACAUAUUGUCUAAAAAACACAACAGCGUCCUACCCCCCCCCUCUUAAAUCAAUGUAUAUAGAUUUAACUGAUGUGUAUAUACUGUACUUAACAUGUUCAUAUGUGUAUUUUCACACACUAGAGAUGCUUGAUUAAGUUAAAUAUUGUGUAAAAUUAAUUUAAGUUUAUAUUGUAUCAUUGAAUGUGUGAUAGUUUGGUGCUUGUGUUAAUAAGGAUUUUUCAAAUAUACGCCUUGUCUUAAAACUAUAGGAACUCACAUUAGGCAAGCGAGUAAAAAAAAGCGAUAUGUGCCGAUUAAGACACACAUAUUUAAUGUUUUCGAUGAAAUAUAAAUGCACUGCAAGUAGUGGGUACGUUUGAUAGCAUCAUCUCUUUUAAUGAUGAUGACUAAUGAUGACUAACUUGUGUGCACACAUACACAUAGCCGCUUUAGUCAUCUCAUGCUGAUACAAUACAGACUUGGGAAAAAAUAUUCAUGUGUCUUGUCGAUACCGUUUGAUACCGCUUAUAAGGUGAGCAUUGGAAACCUAUAGAAUCAUACUUAUAAUAAGGUAAAGAUAAGGUAAUAAAGUCACAACUGUGUCAGUUACGUAAUGUUCAAUAGGAUGCUGAGGUAAUUCUGCAUGCGUUGCAUCAUAUACUGAGAGCUGUUUGUAAUAUUUUGGUUAACUUCUGUUACAAGAGAGGAUGGUGUGCAGUUGUACACAAGUGCAUAUUACAACCACAACAAUGACUGCAUUGUCAAAUGAAUAUCGCCCUGACAGUAUCAAAUAAAGGAGUAUUGAUAUUA